GGUUGACCCGUGACGUCACAGACCGGUAACCUUCAUGGAAGAGAAUGAGUGAGAGGUCGCUCAAAUCUUAGCAAAUAUCCAAAGCCAUCGGUGUUAUUAAUUGGUUAAAAGUGAACCACAGCAAUGAGUGGGCCUAUACCCUUCCUGGGCAGUAAAAUAAGCCUGAUAUCCAAAUCAGAAAUUCGAUAUGAGGGCAUUUUGUACACCAUUGACGCUCAGGAGUCGAUUAUCGCCCUGGCCAAGGUGCGAUCGUUUGGGACAGAAGACCGCCCAACAGAGAUGCCAGUUCCUGCAAGGGAUGAAGUUUAUGAAUACAUUAUUUUCAGAGGAACAGACAUCAAGAAGAUAGAAGUUUGUGAUACGCCUAAGCAACCCACCCUACUUCACAAUGACCCUGCAAUUGUCCAGCAUUCGGCCCCAGCAGUUCCAUCAUCUUUCCAGGCAGCACCGUUCUCACGUCAAUCCCUUGGUCCAAUUGGUGGAGGCCUGGGUCUGUCCUACAGUGCAUAUGGCCAGUCAAUGACACAGCAGGGUAUCCCAGGGGCGGGAGGUUUUCCUAUGGGCUCGACAACUCAGCCCAGUGAGUUGAAUACUGUGGCAGGUGGUGGUGGUGUGGGUAGUAGUGUUGGUGGUGGUGGUGGUAGCCUGGAUCAGCAGUCUGGCACUGUCCCUGUGGCAGUGCCAGCCCCAAUUGGUCCUCCACCCCAGUCUGGUACACAUGCACUUCACCAAACAGACCUACUAGUAGGAUCAAGAUCGUCCACACCCACUACUCGCAAGUCCCCAGUCUCUGAUGCUGGUGUUCAAGUGUCCCCACCUCCCACCAGGGAGGAGAAAAAGAAGCCUCCACCACAGCCACAGCGGCAGUCACAAGACAGAUCUCAGAGGAGUAGUAACCAGGGUGGCCAAAGUAGACGCAAUACUCAGCAGGUACCACAACAGCAAAUGACUCAACAAGUACAGCAACAGAGUCAACAACAGCCUCAACAGAGUCAAAACCAGCCACAGCAGCAGCAACAGCAACAGCAGCAGCAACAGUACAAUAAUCAGUACUAUGCGUAUCGCCAGCAGCAGCAGUAUCAAGGCAGAGGUGGAGGCGGCAUGAACCGUGGCCGGGGCAGUAGAAGACCUUCAGGGCAGCGUGGCAGGGGACAGAUCUUUAAUCAAGGAACCAGACAAAGACAGUUCCAGGAUCGGCAGUUAUUUGAAAAAGACUUUGACUUUGAGCAAGCAAAUGAGGAGUUUGAGGAAGUUAGAAGUCAACUUGCAAAAACAAAGAUCACUGAGAAUGGAGACAAGAAGGAUGAUUCGGGGCAUGAAACCAAUGCUGGGGAUGAUGUGGAGACUCAGUCAACAUGUUAUGAUAAGAGCAAGUCUUUCUUUGACAGCAUUUCGUGCGAGUCAAUUGAGCGCAGUCAAGGGAAUAGCCAACGUCCUGACUGGAGGCAUGAACGCAAGAUUAAUGUGGAAACUUUUGGUGUGAGCUCAGCCAGAAGAGGAUAUUACCCUCGUGGUCGAGGUGGCUACUACCGUGGAGGUUACUAUCGCACGUAUAAUUAUAACCAAGGGUAUUACAGGUCUGGUAGUGGUGUCUUUCGUGGAGGCAGAGGUGGUGGUGGGGGAAGAGGCGGUAUAGUAAACGUGAACGGAAUGUCAAGAGGUGGCGGUGGAGCUGGUAGCUCGUAUGCAUCUGCAGUUCGGAAUGCUACACAGGCCAAGUAAUAGUGUGAUGCACAAUACUGCACCUACCUAGGAUCAGGAUGAAGGUUGAGAAUAUGAAAAAAUGUGUAAAAAAACAAAAAUAAAUUAUUGUAGGGUGACUGUUCCUAGGUAAGGAGAUAAUUUAAAGCUUUAAUCAAUGCAACUGGAUCUUUACUUCUCUUGGUGUUUGACACUUUGGGUGAAAUUAGAUUGUGAAAGGUGCUGAAACUAAGAAAGUAAAAUAGACUCGACAGUUCUAACUCGAAGUUAGAAAGUAUUAAAUUGAGUAUUUUGGUUCAAAGAUUAACCUUCUGGGGAACUUUUUUUUUUUCUUGGAGCAAGAUGAAUGCUUGUGAAUAUCUGUUGGCAGAUAGUGUAAAAAGAGACAUUUACUUGGUCCACAUUGUCAAGAGAAGACCUGACCUGUUCAGUUCCUGGAAAGACUGUACUGGAUAGAAAGGCUCUGGAGUGAUUUGGUUAGAGAAUAAAUUGGUGUUACUUGGCAAGAGGAAUGGAAAAGACUGGAAAAGAGUGAAUAAGAUAAGCAAGUGAUGAUUGGAUUUAUUGAACAGGUUUUCUUUAAAUGGUGAUUCUGGGUGUUGGUUACAAACCAGCAGCAUUAUGUUAGUCUUCUCUAGGUGCAAGGAAAUUUUUUUACCAAAUGGCUGACUGUGAUGAUUGGAAGCCAUUGUUAUGCUAUGACAUUCAUAUGCAGUUCCUUUUUGUCCGGCAAAUGGAACAUAAUCAGUAUAAAAAAUGUACAAAUAGGACCCUCCUGUUACGAGUGAUAGAAGCAUUAGAUAAUACUGGAGCCUGCCAGUAUAGACGUGUAGGUUGGUACCUCGUAUAAGAGGCCAAGGAGGUCUGAAGUGAAAGUUGUGAUCAAAAAGGAAAACUACACGAAUACCUUACAGCUUCACCUGCUGCGGAAAAAAUCAGUAUUUUUUUUAAUGCAGUUCAACUUGAGACAAUGAUACUUUUUAUUUAUUUUAAUUUUUUUGAGAGGAUCCUGUAGUUAAAUUGAUUAGGUUACUUGCCACUUUCAUUGAAUUGUCCAGUUGAUUACAAUGUAAUAGUUAAAUUGGUUAGGGUUAAAUUCUUAAUGUAUGAAGAGCUAUAAAUAUUGGAAAUAAAACUGAUCAGGAUUCCAUCUCAACACUGCCCUUGCAGAUUAUACAAUUGGUAGCAUCAGGUAAUAUUGGCUGAAUAGUGCAGGGCAGCAUGUGGACACCACCAACGUCCAUGAUAUGUGGAGAUCAUCAUCCACAUAAAAAAUGUGCUUUUUGAACAUCUAUUUUUACAAUAAACUUUAAAGCACUUGUAA